GUGGGGGGGCGGGGGCGUUGUAUGGCGGUCGAUGGGAUCCCGAGUGGAGGGAAAAAAGAGUCAGCUGACAUGACAUGAUUGGACGAGCUUGCACACUCAUGUCAUGGCUGUGAUGCUCAUGCUUUGCUGAGAAAAGGUAGCAAUAGUUAACUAAAAACUAACAUUGUCCAUACAUAAUGGAUUCAUGGAUUGAAGCUGAUACAGCGGAACCCGCUCACCUCCACAUCCAUCGGACUGGUUGACUGACGUUGACCUAAGCGGCUGUUGACAUAACCGAAACCGAUACCACUGCUUGCACAUUUACUUGUGACUUCCAGCAGAGUCAUAAGGAGAAUGGGUGAUAAUAACUGGUUUUGGAGGGGGAGGAACAACCUAUUUGUAUUUUGUGAUGUGGUCUUUCUUGAAUUCAAUAGUGUUUCUGACCUUUAUCAAAUUGCUGGCAUUCAGAACAUUCUUUGGCCCCAUGGCAAAUAUUUUUAGCAGUCGCACUCAAUAAAAAAAGCACGGACAGUGAGUCACCUACGCUUAAGAUGAGCAUUUGAUUCUACGAACAGUACAGGCACAUGGACUAGUUUGUUACAGAGACAAUGUACGAAAAACAAGGCACAAUUUUUGUCGAAAACCAAAUCAUAUGGAAACUAGAGUAUUUGAAAAUGAAGUUUGACUAUUUUCAUUUUGAUUCUUCUGUGCCCGUGUUGUAUUUUCUACUCUUAUCUGACAGAGCCGCUGCGGUAAUUUUGUUGAAUGUCUUUACGACAAAGAAAAUGACAUAUUUGUACGUGUGCAAUCUUUCUUCCAGUGUUUUUUUUUUGGGGGGGGGCAUUUUGUUAGUUGUGGUAGAAGGUUAACCCUGCUCUGCUUUUAUUUUGAAGCUUGCUUUGCACUGAACUGGAAGGCACUGUGUGCCCGUUUUAAUGUUGUGUAACUAGACAGUAGUUAUGUUUCUGUUGUCGUUUCAAUAAAGUUAACAAUACCAAAACACAUGUCAACAUAAACAGACCCAUUUUUUCUAGAAAUGCGCCCUUUGGGUCUCAACUUCUAUGUUUGCAAAAGUGGUCAACCACGCACGUCGAUGCUGAUUUAAGAGGGCAUUUUUUAGUCUUAGGAAGAACACGGACCGGGACUUGAUCAGCUUUUCCAUUUAAAUAAGCUGUUGACAUAAGCACGUUGUAGUGUACAAAUCAAUCAUAGUGGCUCAUAUGCGAGCUAUGAAACAGGAAACCAGGCUCUGACUUCCCACCACUGAUGCCCACAAUAACGACACCAGCUCGCCUUUGGUGUGUUAGGGGGUUUAUCUUAGCAGUCAUUAGGAAGAAACGAUGACUCAGGCUUAGUCAUAUGCAAGCCAAACCAACACACUGCCGAGAAUGGACUUCUGUUGUCUCAUAAACCUCCUACAAUCAAGAACUUUCCUCUGUGAACUACUGAGAAAUGGAGAGAGAGCGAGGAAAAGAAGAGAGGCAUGGAGAAAAGCGGGCGAUGAGAUGGGCUUGUGUGAGUGACGAUCAGAAACGCUGUGAUGGGAUUGUUGUUAGAAUUACAGCCGAGUUACAACAGGUUCACUGUAAGUGAUAUUUCCUUUUUUAUUCUCACACCGAAGAUACAAUCAGUAUGGUGAUUUUGAUUACACAUUAUCCAUUACAGUCUUCUCACGUAGUUGUGUUGCAGAGGUGUGUUCUCAGUCUGCCUUGUAUAGAUGUGUCUAUGGCUGCUUACAUAAUUAAUGGAAUCAAUUCCUUUAUUAAAGAGACAGCAUAACGGUGGGAAGAGAAAGCUUAAUCAAAACAUACUGUCAAUUUAGUCAUUCUCUGUAUGGAUUGUUGACACCGAUAGAUAGAUAGAUAGAUAGAUAGAUAGAUAGAUAGAUAGAUAGAUAGAUGGAACCGGCUUAGGUCGUCCUCGCUUGUGUCAACAACCCGUCUGCUGACCAACUCAUCAAUUACUAAAAAAUGCUUUUGUCGACAUAAAACUUGAGAUCCGCAGGGGUUAUUUCUAUAAAAAUGAUCUGUCGUUUAUGGCAACAUGUGUUGUAUUAUUAAUUUCAUCCAUAUCGCAACAUAAAAGGAGCUACCGUCUGGUUACACAGCAUUGACCUGUGCACACAGUGACUUCCUGUCUCCAUGUGUGUAUUAUUCAAAAAGCAUAUGUCUGAUAUAUUUCUAUAUUGGUUCACGCCAAUGCUAGUUUUGUCUACAUUAAGUUGAAUGAUCAGAUUAUUCUUUAAAAAUUAAUGAUUUUAUUAUUGUAGUAUUUUCACGUGCAGGCAUGAUGCUGAAGUACUACAGAAGUCCUAACAUGAGGAUGAGUAAGCAUGUGAUCUAAGAUGGGUGUUGAGCCUCAACUGCUGCGUCACUGCAACCAGUAGACAAAAUUUUUCAGUGCGUGUGUGUGUGUGUGUGUGUGUGUGAGCGUGCAUGUGUGUGUGUGUGACAGAGAGAGAGAGUGGGAAUGUGUCACAUGAUGCAGUUGCCGAUGCGCCUGGUAAUGAUGGCACCAUGACGCGGAUGAUGCAGCCAAAUAAUCAACAUGUGUUUCCUGUUUCGCCUGCUCACCGCCUUCCUUCUUUUUCAUUGGUCCUCCGUUGUCACGUGACCUAUGCUCCACUUCUCUUCCUUCCUUUGGAUGGCUCAGGCUGUGCUGUUUCGCUUUGGGAUUGACGUUCAUCUCUUCCGUGUGUGUGUGUGUGUGUGUGUGUGUGUGUGUGUGUAUAAAAAUACGUAUGGCAACAGAGAGGCAGAUAACGUACAGUUGUCAGGAUCGGAGAGUGUUGGAACAGUUAAGCCGUAAGCUUGAAGGAGGCUGAGGGAAGAACGCAGCCUGUAGAAAACGAGAGAGCGAGAGAGGCGAAGAGGGACUGAGAAAAUCCGUAGUAGAAGAGGAAGUCAGUCCCGCGGAAUAGCGGGGAAGUUGGCAAAUACUGGGUAAUGUCAAAGAAUGACACCACGCAGCAGCUGUACGGCGGAGGCGGCCAUUUUUUUCCCUCCGCUUCACCUGAAUGGGAAACUCCAGCAACAGUGACAGGAGGACCGACUCCACAAGGCCAAUCAGCCAUAGAAGCGUUGGUCGAUGAUAAGCGAUGGUAGAGCGAUGGUGAGGAGGCGGCAACGGAGGGGUUAUGUUAGCCUAGUGGACAGGACAGGAGAAGGCUUGUGAAGGUGAAAGAGAAGGUUUGGGUUCUUGGAACGGCGGUCCUCUUCCUGUUUGUACGCUCCUUGUGGAAGCAAUCGAAAGAGUAGCAGAAUGACUUGCUCUUGCUGCUAACUGCUAUAAAGCAAGAAAACUGACGUAUUCCAUUGAAUUCCCACUUUGCGCUGUCACUAUGUUGACUAUUUUUCCUGCUCGCUGAUGGCAACGUGUCAUCCAGUGUCCCCUCCUGGUUGCCAUGUCCUGUAUUUCCCUUGUACUUGAAUGAAAAGAUGAUAUCGCAAACCUCCCACUUUGUCUUUCUCCUUUCAAUCUUGGAGAAAGGGCGGGCAAGACCGGCAACAACCUCACUCCCACUCGUGUGGAUCUAAUGCUGGGAUAAGACCGAAGCGAAGGAACUGGCGCAGAUGGAAGAACCAGCCUUGGCCGCUACGGACGAAAUCAAAAGGACGAUGAGGCAACGGCUGCAAUCAAGCAAUGUAACAUCGCUUGACAAGUCAAAAUGGACGCCUGUGCUGGAUUUAAAUGGACAGCUGAUAUGAACAGCCUUCUGUGGGACACAAGGAAGCGGCAAGUAGGUGGAGCUGGAGCCGUUUCCUAGUGCCUAUAGCCCACAGCUCUUUCUGUUUCUGUUCAUUGCACACUCCUCCAUUCCAUCGUACGUGCACGCCGUGGCUCAGAUAAUGGCCUCUCGCGCUGCACACAGUGAAGAGAGAGAGAGCAGAGGAGAUGGAGGUAAAGGCGGCGUGAGAGGGAGGGGAAUAGAGAGGGAGAGAGAGAGAGGCAAGGGGGGGAGGGUGUUGACUGAAGAGAAGCCGACUGCAUGUGCAGCUGAGAGACGGAAAGAAAGAAAGAAAGAAAGAAAGAAAGAGGAUAUUGAAAAAGGGAAGGGAGGAGCAGAAGGAGAUAAUGAGAAAGGAGAAAGGAGAGAACGGAAAGUGGCAGCCAUAAGGAGAAGCAAAGAGAAUGAGGAAGGCGAGGAGGUGUGUUAUUGAUGUGUGGCCGGGCGCUCCGUCUGGCUGGAUGAAAUAAGGAAGGACACAUCCCGACACGGUCAGAUUGCUCGCAUGUUGUUCUGACACUUCAACAUCGCUCAUGCUCCUCUCUGGCAGACUCCUUGCGGCUUUCUGCUCUCCGACCGGCGCCUAUGGACGUCUCGGGCCAUGUGAGUUGAACUUGAUGUUGUCAUGAUGUCUGCUUCAAGCGCCGUCUCGAGGGGGACGAGUAGGAGGACGGCAAUAAGGGCUUUAGGUUCAGCUGAAGCCCCCUAGCAACACCGCGCUUUAGGUGCUUUGUCUCCUCCCUCUUUCAUUUUUAUUCUCAGCGUCAAUCGAGCUGCGUCUGAUUUAAAGGGCUCCUGAGGUGGAUUUUUUUUCUAAUUUGGAUGUGCGCCAAGAAGUGUGUGUGCGUGUGUGUGUGUGUCUAUGUGACAAAGAGGAGGGAAGCCCGGCUAUGGUGUGUGUAAUACACAAAAUAUUACAGCGUCUGCAAUACGGUCACUGCAUUUUCAUUAUUCAUGAUCAGUCAUGUUGGCGCUCAGCUGUCACUUUGCUUACACUCACAAAGCUAGGUCUAUAUUUGUGGUGUUCAGCCAGUUAUAUUGUGUAUGCACGUUAAACUGUCACUGUGAGCGGUCGUGUGUGUGUGUGUGUGUGUGUGCUAGUGGGAUGUGCAGAGUUGCAGUCGUUCUGUUUCAACACACUGCAGUUCUCAUAACAGCCGCACACAGCCCCCACCCCCUUCCUCUUUCCAGUCUGAUGCCACUGAUAGUGCGGACAUGGGGCCUCUCACGUAUUGCCUGCCGGCUGUUCGCUAAAACCACCUUCAAACCCCCCCAUAUUCUAACCCUAAACCACUUCUUAGCACGAUCAUCAACACCCCCUGGGACUCCUGAACAGACACACAGCACAGAAGGUGUAUUCAGAAGAACCAAAGAUACUGCCAGUCUGACUGUUCACGAAGUCACUUCAUUGGAUGGCCCCAGAGGUGGAGGCCAGAUGGAAAUUGGGUCACAUGACCGCCUCCAGGAAGGCGCGCUGAGCCUGGAACUAUCCAAUGGUGUGAAUUGCUACCCUAAUGAUAAUGAGUCGUCAAUGGACACAGGGCAGAAGAGGGCAGGAAGUGUACCCCCAAGGCAGUGCUGGGUGGCAGGACAUGGCAAUGACCAACAGCAACCAUCUUUGAACAGCAGCAGUCAUGCAAACCCAAGUGAACCUGUCCACCAUGUGGAUAUGGAGGAUGCUCACAAUCUGGUUAAUUUUUCUGCUAUUGCUGGCACCUUACCUCCUUCUUCCUCUGCUUCCUGCCUCCAAGCUCAGCCUGUGACAACACAGCUGUAUGAGAAAUUCAUCCAGGAGAUGGGUGCUGAUGGGGCUCGGAUCAAACACUCAGGUGCUCCUGACUCAAGUCACCGAUCUCUAGAAGACAUGAACACCCUACAGACAGCACUGAGCCACGCAAAACAUGGUCACAAGCCUCCCAACUGUAACUGUGAUGGGCCAGACUGUCCAGACUACCUUGAGUGGCUGGAGAAGAAGAUUAAGUUGGCAACCAGUGAGGAUCAAGACACCAGCAAGAUGACUAAUUCCCCACAUUUACAGCCUACCAUUCAGCAGCCCCAUCUGCAGAAUCAGCCGUAUCUCCAGGCAAACGGUGGCAACCACCACUUGUCUUCUUCCUACCCCCAGCAACAACAGCGAAAAAAAGGCCAAGUGCCCUGCUCCAAACUUCCUCCAAUUCCCUGCUCUCCCCAGGUGCUGUCUAUAGCCAAGGAAAGGAAUGUCAGUCUACAGACAGCCAUUGCCAUAGAAGCCCUUACACAGUUAUCUGCUACUGGAACUCAAGGUGCUGGUCUUGCAGGUCACACUCUCUUUAAUAAUAACCUCCAGCAACAUCAACAUAGCCAAAACCUCUCACAUCCUCCUCCAAAUGGCACUAACUUAAUUCCAUCCUCACGCUCUCAGUCCGUCCCUCCAGGAUUGCACACUGACCAGCAGACGGCAGUGUCCUGUGAGCACCAUAGACCCCAGUCACAGGGCCAGCCCCCCCAUGCUUCUACCUCUCCCUUUCCAGGUCAAGGAAACCCUCACGGCUUUGGCCAGAAUCCACAACAGUGGCUGCAGGGCCCAAACAGAGGCUCUGAAGAGCAGAAAGCAUGGAUGCAUAUGCAUUCUGAUUCCCAUUAUGCUGGUGCACCUCACACUAGAUCAGACCCGAUGACAGAACUCAAACAGCUGCUGGGUGACACAAGCCGCAAGUCUGACAAUGCAUCUUUCAAGCUUCCAGUUACACAGCAGUUCAGCCAGAAUGGAGGCUUGCAGGCACAGGGCCAGCCAGGUAUGCCCAGGAUAAAGCAAGAGCCAGACUCUGGUGAGCCUUACCAUCAUUCUGCCUCCAUGGGACAUGGCAACAUGGCUAAUGGUCAGUUUCAGGCUCACCACUAUGCUGGUACUCCUCUGUCUCCUGGGCAAGCAGCCAUCAGACACUCAACUCAGGCAGCUCUGCAACAGCACCUUCACUACAAGAGGAACCUCUUCUCUAAUCACUCCUCUGGCUUUGGUGCUCCAAGUGUCCCUGUGGCUUGUCAAAACUUAAAAAAAUGGUGGCCACAGAUGGAAGCUAAUGGUUUGACACAUCUGAGCAUAAAACAGGAGCCCAAGGAACCCAAGAAGAAAAAAACAGGAUCCCCUGUCAUGAAAGCUAUGAGUGGGAUACUCCCAGCUCCCCCACUUCCUAAACCCAAACAGAUUAUAAUUAAGAAGACCAAGCAAAAAGCUUCUGUGCCAACUUUCCUGCCGAAGACUCAAAUCAGCAUGGGCCGAGCGAACACCCUGACCAGUCUGCAACCUGCAGGUUCACUGCCCCUUUUGCCCUCCCACAGUAACUCCUCUCAGGUGGCUGCUGCAGGUCUCCCUGCCCAAGCCCAAUCUCAGGUAUCCAUUUCCAACCUCUCAUUGCCUCCCUCUUUGACUAAUUCUGCUUUGUCAGCGAGCACUCCGGCUCCCAUGGGAUCUCUGCCCCCGCCAAUGGCCCAUGUCACCCAUGCUAAACCGGAGGAAGUGGGUAGUUUAGCCUCUAACACUGCCAACACUGCCUCAAAUCCGACCUCCACAUGUCCACCCAACACCUCACAAUUAUCAGGUCUCUUCAACAUCGACCCUAAGUAUGAAGAACUGAUCCGUCAGUUUGAAGCUGAAUUUGGGGACUCAGCUGCAGACACACCUUCCAGCCAAGCCAUGUCUGCGACUGAUACAGCUUCUCAGAUAAGAAACCAAUCCCAGUCCAGUGGCCUGGACCCCAGUGUCACAACAUCUUCUACAACCCAGAAUGCUCCCUUCAUCCACACCCCUGAGUCCAGCUCCAUGCCUCAUAUGAACAGUCAGGAGAUGGAUGUUGACAAAGAUAAACCUGAAGCCCAAAGGGAACUAACGUCAAACCAAACAUCCACAGAGUGUCCAAUGCAGGACCAGAUGGACAUCGUCCAACAGCAGCAGCGGCACAGUCAGAUAGACGAAAUGUUCAGCAUACCAUGUUCGCCCUUGCCUAAACGAAUGAAAAUUGAAACCACGGGUGAUGUAGCUAUCCUUUCCACUACUUGCUACUCUGAGGAGGACACACCCACGAAGAACGGCCUGCCUUGUUCUCCAUCUUUGAAAGGGUUCUUAGAGUCUCCUCUGCACUAUCUAGACACCCCCACCAAGAGCUUGCUGGAUACUCCAUCGAAAGACCUACAGGCAGAGUUCCCCACUUGUACCUGUGUGGAGCAAGUCCUGGAGAAAGAUGAGGGGCCUUACUACAAUCAUUUGGGAUCAGGACCAACAGUGGCCUCCAUAAGAGACCUGAUGGAAACACGGUAUGGGGAGAAAGGAGACGCCGUUCGGAUAGAAAAAGUGGUGUACACAGGCAGAGAAGGAAAGAGCUCAAGAGGAUGCCCAAUUGCUAAAUGGGUAAUUCGUCGUUCAGAUGAGAAAGAGAAGUUGCUGUGUCUGGUCCGUCAUCGUGCAGGCCACCACUGUGCCAACGCUGUCAUCAUCAUCCUCAUCAUGGCAUGGGAAGGCGUCCCAAAGCCUCUAGCUGACAAACUGUACCGCGAGCUCAGCGACACCCUCACCAAAUAUGGCAACCCCACCAGUAGACGCUGUGGCCUCAAUGAUGAUCGUACCUGCGCAUGUCAAGGCAAGGACCCUGACACUUGUGGUGCUUCUUUCUCCUUUGGCUGUUCCUGGAGUAUGUACUUCAAUGGUUGCAAAUACGCCCGAAGUAAAAUACCACGCAAGUUCCGGCUACAAGGAGAGCACCCUGAAGAGGAGGACAAACUCAGGAACAACUUCCAGCAUCUGGCAACCGAGGUGGCUCCAUUGUACAAGAAGCUGGCCCCUCAGGCCUACAGCAACCAGUGUCAAUCAGAAUACAAGGCUGAAGACUGCCGGCUGGGUUUGAAGGAGGGAAGACCAUUCGCAGGAGUCACUGCCUGCAUGGAUUUCUGUGCCCAUGCCCAUAAGGACCAGCACAACCUUUACAAUGGCUGCACAGUGGUGUGCACUUUGACCAAGGAAGACAACCGUGUGGUUGGGGAGAUCCCUCAGGACGAACAGCUCCAUGUGUUACCUCUCUACAAGAUCUCCACCACUGAUGAAUUUGGCAGUGAGGAAGGCCAGCGCCUCAAGAUGAAGACAGGAGCUAUUCAGGUGCUUCAGGCUUUCCGACGAGAAGUCCGCAAGUUGCCCGAACCAGCCAAGUCGUGUCGACAGCGCCGCCUGGAUGCCAAGAAGGCUGCAUCAGAGAAGAAGAAAAAUAAACUCCAGCAGCAGGCAGGAGAGACACCAGAGAAGACAGUGGUUAAGACUGAACUGUGCAUCAGUGAGUCCCCUCAACACCAAGGCAAUAAAGCAAUUAUAAAACAAGAGGUUCAGCCCAACAUCAAGAAGGAGCCCUUCAAUGGAUCAAUCGAUGGAUACUCUUUGCAAGCAGCCAGUGCAAUCAAGAACAUGUACCCACAUCCUGCCUACUAUGCAAGGGGAGGCCUCCCCACACCUGGCCAUCCCUCUGCAGCAGACCCUGUAAAUGGCUAUAACCACAAUCUGCCCGCAUCACACUAUGGUCUCUACAACUACGCCCCUAAUGCACUUUUCCCACCUAAGAUGAGGACCUACGAGGCUCGCAAAGACUCUAUGUCCAAUGCUGGCACUAAGGCUUUCCAAGUGGACAAGAAGCCUGAUAUUCACAGCCUUCAGGCCAGACUAGCUCAUUCCUAUCCUGGCCAUCCAGAACCAACCAACCAAAUGAAUACCCAGUCAUCAGACUACAACCAGCAACGUCCUUCUUCUGUCUCUUCUGAGUCCUCCAACAGACGCACUCCAGUCAUAAAGCAGGAGCCGAUGGAUAUGCCAGUCUGCGAGGACGCUGGACUGAGCCAGGCUGGUGAAAACACACCAAGCAACACCCCCCACCCUGCUACCUGGCCUGGAAACAGGUUCAAUGGAGGUAUUGUUUCCGAAAACUGGGACUAUCAGAAUUGCAGACAAAGUCCUGAGGCCUCAUUAGCUAACGCAGACAAGCAGAAGUUCCACCAGCAUUCCCAGCAACAGCCCUCUUCUUACCCACAGCCAUGGACAUCCUUCUCUGGCUCAAAUACCCUCAUGGCAUCCCCUGCUUCAUCACCAGUCCCCCAAGUACCUCCCUCCCAGUCUCCUCAUUUAGGCACAGGCAUUCUGGGUAACAUACACCGAGGAUCUCCUUGUCCAUCCACCCCACGUCCAAGCACCCCUCAUCCAGGUACACCUCAGCCUGGUAUCACUCCCCCAUUGUCCCUUACACACCCUGGUAAUUCUCACUCCCGUUCACUUACACCACAUUCUGCCACUCCCAGGCAGUGGCUCAGCCCUGCCCCAAGUCCCCAGCCAAAUGCUUGGCCAAUGGGGCAUGCAGCAUAUAGCCCUGGUUUGAAGCACAGCAAUCCUGCGGGUGCCUACCCAGAUAAGAUGUGGUGCAAAACUGGUGAAAGUCGCUGUUCCACUCCUCUUGGGGUUCAAGAGAAAGCCUGGAAGUCUUGUGGAGGUUCAGUCGCAGGCAGUACACCAUCUCCUGCUCCUGAGGGACGCCUCUUCCCUGAUGCACUGCAGCAAUCAGAUCAGUCUGGCUGGGGCCGAGCUGAAUGCGACGCAGAGAGCACCAAGGGAUACGAGGAAGACGAGGAGGAGGUGUGGUCUGACAGCGAGCACAACUUCCUCGAUCCUAAUAUCGGCGGUGUUGCAGUGGCACCAGCCCAUGGGUCCAUCCUAAUUGAAUGUGCCCGUCGGGAACUCCAUGCUACCACUCCACUGAAAAAGCCUGAUCGCUCCCACCCCACUCGCAUCUCUCUGGUCUUCUAUCAGCACAAAAACCUCCAACAGCCCAUGCACGGAUUGGCUGUGUGGGAGGCCAAAAUGAAGCUGCUGGCAGAGAGGGCGCUCCAGAGGCAGCAGGAAGCAGCUCUCCUUGGCCUCUCCCAGGAAGAAAUCAAGGCGCUUAGCAAGAAACGCAAAUGGGGGGCCACUGCAACGGGGGCUGCACUAGGUGCUGGACAAUCUAAAGACAAGAGAGAGGGGCCCGUUACACGGUUAGCACCCAGUUUCCACACCACCUCAAUGGUUACCGCAUCUCCCUAUGCCUUCACGCACCUCACUGGGCCAUACAGCUACUUCGUGUGACAUCAGCCACCAACAGAUCAAUAGCAGGAGCAGGAUCGAGGGAUGAGCAAGAUGAAUGUCUCUCAGCAUGUCACACAGUCAGCCAUCUCUCCAUCUUGCCCCCUCUACUGUCCACUUAGAGGUGGGGACAUUUUUAUUGCUAUUAUUAUUGUUUUUUACCUCAUGUCAGGCAGUGUUUGGCCUUUAGACACACUGCUUGUGGUGCUCUUCCUCUCUAUCCCCUGGAGAGGAACUCCAUUGCUUUUUCUUGUUUAUAGAAUUCUAAUGAUUCUAAAUAUUGCUAUUGUUAUUAUCAAUAUUAUUAUGAUUGCAAUUGUUACCGUCAAUGUUGUUCUUACAGGUAUUAUAAUGAAGAAUUGUUGUGAUUUUUUUUUUAUCAUGGUUGUUUUUGACAAUGUUAUUGUUAAUGAUUUAAUUUUAUUUUUGUUCUAUAUAUUUUUAAGCCUGAAUCAGUCUGAAUCAGUCAGACAUUUUUUUUCUGGUCCAUCUUCCAGCUGUAUUAAAAGGAGGAGCCAUUAUCUGCCCGGCAAGAGAUUAGGGUUUAUAGUAGCAAAGCUAGUUGAAUUUGUCAUCCAUCUCAUCAAAAUUAGAAGUGGCACUUUUCUCUCUAACAGUUGUUAAUUAUAUGAAUAAUGUUGUUUUUUUUCUUUUUGCGACUGGUAUUCACAGGAGUAUACAUUCAUGCAGAAUGGUGCAUACACGAUACAUUUUUUAAAAUGAUGUAAGUCUUUGUCAAAUUUGCACUGAUACAUUUUUUAAUGUUCAUCAACAAGCGGACCACAAUCGGAACUCCAAAUUAAAAUGAGUGAAUGUGCAGCAGCAGAGUCCUCCCUGGUUUCAGUCGAGGGUAUUGGCACGUGAAACUAAAACAUGUAAAAAGCGUUGUAUUUAGGCACAUGCAUCUCUUGUCAUUCCUUAAUGUGCUCCUCCUUUUGAUCCUCUUCCGCACCCCAGCAGCUUUUGACUGGUGCUUAACUUCCAGCUCUGAUGGAUUUCCUUUCCUCUACUUGUCAUGGCACUUGAUGCUGUACUUAGGUGCUCUAAACGAAAUCUAGGUUAUGUCGUAUUUUUGCAAAAAAAACAACAAAAAAAAAGACAUGUUUUGCUCAUCUAUUGCCACACAAAGAUGAAAACAAGUGUGUUUAAUUUUUUAUUUUUUUUGCAAAGUCCACCUGAUUCCAGAUCUGUAACUACUCCACUGGGAAGAAUCAGGCUCCUCUGGCUUUCAGUUAGGAGUCGUCAUUGGGUCGAGCCAACUCUAGAGGGCAGGCUUGUCCGCCGUUUGAAAGUGUCAUGCGCAAAAAGACCUACUAGCACUUCGAGUGAGAUCCAUUCAGACACCAGUAUAGCCUUGUUUGGACAGGUUCACCAAAGGCAGUGCUAAUCUUUGUCCCAUUUGUGAAACAAAUCUGGAGAAAGCUCGGGUUACAACAUAAAAAUAAGUGAUGGGAGUGCUUUAGGUCAUCCUACAUACACUGUGGUGCUCUCCUUCUACACUUGAUUUACUGUGAAGGCCCACCCUGUCCUCUGCAUGGUGCUGUCAUCUUCGAGCAGAGCGUGAUGGGUCCUUCUGCAGGCACCUUGCAAACGCAUAACCAGCCUACACAAGAACCGGUUCCUCCUGACGCUGCCAAGAUUCUUUGUCCCAAAGUACGCUGUUGGGUGCAGAGAUACUUGUCAGUUUCCCAUUUCCGGUGCUUUUCACAGGAACAAGCCUGUACCAAGUGAUGAAAAGUUUGGCUUCUGGGAGUUGGUAACGAAUGCAUGUGAGCCAAAGAGUGAGACAAAUGGCGGGCGUCUCACAAUUUGCAUUCAAAUUAACAAAAAAGGUGUGAAAGGGUAUAUAAGUGGAUUGUUUGUGGUUGGAUGCACCCUGACUCCCAGUGGCUGAGUAGUUUUUGCCGUCACAACACUGUUUCACCCGUGAAAGAACUUGUUUGCUUCUCCCGAAGUUCUCCAGCUCUCUACCUCACGCUGUAGAGACACUGGUCACGAUCACAACUUGCUACUGAGGGCAGAGAAUCAUGCAUGUCCUUUUGUGUCACCUCCACUCUCACUUUAACAUGUGUUUUUUUUUUUUUUUUUACUUUUAUUUAUUACUGGUGAUGAUAAUGAUUGUCAUUGUUUCUUCAUCUUUUUAUAUAC